ACUUCACACUCAUGGAGCUGAUUCGAAGUUUCUGUGGGAAGCUGCGCGCCCUGGCCGUCACGCUGGACCUGGAGACGGCCCGGCUGCAGCGGGCUCUGGAGGGAGAGGACAGCGAUUCUGAAGAUUAUUCAAUGAGAAUUUUAUAUGAUCUUUGUUCAGAAGCCCAGACUCUAAAGGAUGAUGUCAAUAUCCUUCUUGAUAAAGCACGUUUGGAAAGUCAAGAAAGCAUUGGUUUCAUGAAAGCAACAAAACUACUGAUGAAAAAAAAUUCAAUGGAUAUCAUGAAAAUAACCGAGUAUUUCCAAAAGUAUGGAUAUAAUCUACGUACCAAGAAAAAUUCAGUGGAUGAUUAUGAUAUCAAUGACUCAAAAGUAGAAUCUGCGAAGCAUGAAGAAUUUCAGGAGUCUGAUGCGAAGGAUGAUUUGUCUGAUCUUGCUGUUCCAAGCAGUUCUGUUUCUGAGAAGUCUCCACGUAGUCCACAGCUUUCAGAUUUUGGUCUUGAGCGGUACAUGAUAUCACAUGUUCUACCAAAUCUUCCACAGGUUGUAAAUAACCAUAAAGAAGAGCCAGAAAUCAUAACUCCAUCUUCCAAAGAAUCACUAGUUAUUGUACCCAAAACUCCAAAGUGUGUACUAAAGAUGGAUAAUUUUGAGUGUAUUACUCCUAAAUUAGAGCAUUUUGGUAUCUCUGAUUAUACUCUUUGUUUAAAUGAAGAUUACACGAUGGGACUUAAAAGUAUGGAGAAGAAUAAAUGUGAGCAGUUCCUUGAAACAGAACUAAUGAGUGAUGAUAUUUCCAUUGUUUCUCCUGGCCCCAUAAUUCAGCGAUUAGAAAAAGAUGAUGCUGAGUAUACAAAUUCCCCCUUAGCACCUACAUUCUGCACUCCUGGUUUGAAAAUUCCUUCUACAAAGAACAGCAUGACUUUGAUGUCUACAAGCUAUCCAUUACCUGAAACAAACUGUUCAUCAGGUGAAUUGGAAAUGAAGGAUUGCGUAUCAUUAGUUUUCAGUUCGGAUGAGUGCUUCAAGAAUUUCACAGCUCCCUCUUCUCCUAAAAUUUCUGCUUGUGAGAAUCUGCUCCAAACACCAACACCUCCAGAUGUGACUACAAUUCCAGAAGAUGUUCUCCAGAUCUUAUCAAAAUACAGCUCAAACCUAGCUACUCCAUCAGCAGUUAAAGCUGUGCCACGCAGCAAAGAGCACCUUACUAAAUAUGAAAAGCCAAACAUCCGGAGCAUCAGCAACAAAGAGAACUGGUGAACGUGAGUAUGUUCUCCUCCUAAAGAACAGGCUUGUCGGGGCUGGAGCAAUAGCACAGUGGGUAGGGCGUUUGCCUUGCACACGGCCGACCCGAAUUCGAUUCCCAGAAUCCCAUAUGGUCCCCUGAGCACCGCUAGGAGUAAUUCCUGAGUGUAGAGCCAGGAGUAACCCCUGUGCAUCGCCGGGUGUGACCCAAAAAGCGCAAAAAAAAAAAAAAAAAAAAAAAAAAAAUAGGCUUGUGUUCUCUAAAGAGAACAUUUAAAAAUCAGUAUUUAAAUAGCAAAAUUGUUAAUGUUCAUUUAAAUCUAACAUCUUUCAACUUAGUUGAAUAGCCUUUCUACUUCUUUUGGUACAGAAUUUAUAAACUCUCAGACUCCACAGCAAAUUAGAUAUCACUGAGACUCUAUUUCCAACUUUUUGCUAAGUGUAUAUAUGUAUAGCCACAAUCUUGUGUCACUUGUUUUAUUGAUGGCUAUUCAUUAUAUCUACUUGAUAUUUUACAUUUUAUUUUGCAGGCCUGUUAGUGGUUGCAUCCCAGAGAAAAACGGAACAGAAUGAGGUGGAGGCAGAGCUCAUCUAUUCAUUUUCUUAAAGCCAACCCACAUCAAUGACCAGCACUGGCUAUUGAUGCCAUAUGUUUCAUUCAGCUUUAAGACACUUUAGCUUUGAUUUCAACUGAUCAGAUUGUUUUUGUCAUUAAAGGUCACCUCCAGUGAGCUACUGUUGCUGGGCAGGAUUCACUCCUGAAGAUGCUCCACCUCCUGAUCACUUUUAAAUAAUAUUUCAUUGAUUUAAAUUUUACCUAAUUUAACAAUUACAUAGUAUUAGAAAAGAGGUUAAAUGAUCUAAAAUUUUUCUUUUGUUUUUGGGUCACACCUGGCAGGGCUCUCGGGUGACCACAUGGGGUUCCAGGGAUUGGCUCAGGGACCACAUGGGGUUCCCCAAUUGGCCACAUGCAAGGCAAUUGCCCUCUUAUCACUCCGGCCCCAUAAUCUAAAAAUUUCCAUGGUUAGCACUGUUUUUUGGGGGGCUCAGUGGUUAUUGUUGCCUGCAUCUUACUUGAUUCUAGCUCUCCUUCCGUUUCUGACUAUCCCAGUCUAUUACACUAUGAAUCUCAGUGCUCAUUUAAAUGAGUUUAUAUUGAGGAAAAGAGGAACUUGUGUAACUGUUCCUCUUUUGGAGGAAGGUCUCAGAAUCAGACUCACCUGCUCCCAAAACACUGAACUCCCUGCAUGCCCUCUUGAUCGUCUUGUCAUCUCAAGUCAGUUUUAUACUUCAUAUGUCUAUACCACUAACAAAUGUUUCCAAACUCUUCUCCACCUUGUCACCCAACAGAGCAUGGGCUUUAUUUCUCUGGCUGAUGCCUUCUUAGGUUAGAUACCCUAUCAUCUAUGACCACAGGAGACCAGAUGCUUCUCGAGCUGUCAAGAGCUGCAUUGAGUUUGCAAGCCUGAGCUCCUCCCUACUUAAGUAUGACUAAAAAUCUUUUCAUCUAAGCCCAUGAAGGUAAACUUUUCAUAUUAUGGCCAGAGGAAGAUGAAGACCUAACUUACCAUGGAGAACAGCUAAAAUCUUUUUUAAAAAGUAUUUGACAGGUUGUUAAAGUAAGAAUUGUCAGAGGGUUAUUUCAAGAUACUUUGUUCUAGACACCUGGAGGUUUCAGGACUCAGGGGUAACUCCUGAUGGAAUUGGAGUCAACAGGUUAAAGUUCUACUUUAUAUAUUAGCAUGCUUCUCAGGUUUAUAUCAGCCUUCAUUCAUUGUAUAUGUGAAUCUCCAGAGUAGAUGUGCUUACUUAAGGAUGGUUUGUCUGUACCCUAAAGGUAUAAAGGAUCCCAUUAUGUAUCAAACAUAAAAACAUUUCCAAAUGGAUUGAACACUAAGAUGCAUUUUUUAAAAAAAAUAGCCAUUGCAAGAAAAAAACUAUAGGAAUAAGUAAGAGACUAGAAACCUAGAAUACAAGUAACACAUUUGGUUACUGUGAUAAGCUGUAAUCAUGGCCACCCCCAUUUCUUUAAAUCUAAGAUGUGCAUUUUGGAAACCUUCAGACUCUGACAAAGGAGCUGGUUCUCUUCAGGUGGACCUGUGAAGUGGGAUGACUGGGAAGGACAUAGGGACAGAAGGCAAGGAUUUGGGGCACUUUGACAGUGGUGGGGUUAAUGCAGUAUCUUCGUGCACCAAACACUGGGACAUCUGUAAACUACGCUACCUCAACAGUACAAAGAUAAGUCUUUUGGAUUCAUCUAGAAUUUCUCUAAUUACUAUACCUUGUCAGAAAACUGAACAAUAUAUUUCACUGAACUGCCUUUAAUUGCAAAGAAGUGGAUUAUAGUCAUUAUGUGAAGCUUUUUAAAUUAAAAAUUUUGCUAGUAUUAACGAAAAACAAAUGGUAACUGGGGUAUUGUGGGUGAAUAUCAGACUGCAGUGUUGGGAAUAAAAAGAUGCUCCAAGAAUACUUUUUCUGUUUUGUUUUUUGCUGCACACAGUGCUCUGGGUUACUCCUGUUAGUGCUCAGGGAUCAUGAGAUGUUGAAGCAUGCAUUAUUCAUGCAAGGAGGGGCCAGCAUGAUAGUACAGCAGGGAGGGUGUUUUCCUUGUUCACAGCCAACCAUGUGUCCCUUCAAGCACCUAAUUCCUGAGCACAGAGCCAGGAAUAAGCCCUGAGCACUGCUAGGUAUGGCCCCAAAAGAUAUUUUUAAGGAAACAUUUAAACUAACCUGCUUGCUGCUUAGGUUCAUAUGCCUGCUGCAAUUUGAAGCUAUAGUCAUUGGAUCAAGGUUGAAAGCCUGAUGCUUACUAUUUUGUACUUUCUUACUAUUGGUACAUCCUAUCUGGUACAACCAAUGGUGGAAUUGUUAAUUUUACAAAUUGCUAAUUUUAAAAUCAAUGUCUUAAAAGCUGCCAUGUUUCAUAAGUACAAAGUUUGGAAUUUGUUUGAACAGAGGUGAGCUGGCUUCAGCUAGCAGUUUAAUAACUCUCACCUACAUACUUGCCCUCACAAGCAUCAGAACUGUUAUGGAUAUAGUACACAAAGAAAACUGAAAACUGGGCACUGUGGACUACAUAUACUCCAAAAGGAAAAUUUCCACUUCAAAAUUCCUUGAGUCAGGCUACUUGAACAUUGAGCAUAGUGCUGUGGUGGCUGCUGUUUAUUUUAUAUUUGAGGAAAUAACCCAGUUAUUUAACAAAGCACAAUGAAAACAAGCACUUUGGGGUAGGAGGGCAGAGGGUGUCAUCUAGGUGGUACUCAGGAAGCCAGUUCAGUGUAAGGCUUUGAGGUGUCAGAAAUUACCCAGGCUAUGCCACCCACCAGGCCACUCCUGGCAUUAGUGUCCAUACCAUAUAAAAACUAUUCUCCAGGGUUGCUGAGGAUAGAAUCUGGGUCAGCCACAUGCAAGGCUAGGGCUCUACCCAGUGUAUCUCCAGCUCUGAGAAUGGUUUAAAUUUUGUGUCUUUGGAUCACAUCCCACAAUACUUAGGGGUUACUCCUGGCUCUAUGCUCAGGAAUCACUUUUGGUAGUACUCAGGGAACCAUAUGGAAUGCUGGGGAUAGAACCUGGAUUGGCUGCAAAAGCAGCCUACCCACAGUUGCUAUCACUCUGACUCCAGUGUAAUUUUAUUAUGAGGACUCAGGUCUAGAUCUGAGGGUUUGGAAUAAACUGUAGCCUAGAAGAGUCACUAGAUAUAGAUUCUAACCACUUAGCAACAGGGAAACCAUUUAAGACUGCCUUUGGAAAUAAAACUGCAGUCUUUUUAAGUAUCACUGCUAGUACUUAUUUUUUCAUGUAUAAUAUACAACUUCAAUUUACUGAGGGGAAACUGAGUAGUCAUACUGCUUAAAAACACCAAAAUGAUCACUUAAUAGUGCCAUGGAGGAUAUGGUUCUAGAUGUGCAAAAAGAUUCUACCAUAUGCAAAUAGCCUUACAUGUCAGGAGUUUUUCUAAGUCCUUUGCAAUAAUUUAUUCUUCACAACUCUAUAUAGUUAAACAUUACGUAAAAACAGGGAUGGGGAUCUAGACAAGUUUACAGAGCUACUGGCACAAGGGGACAGUGAUUUAAACCCCCAUACAUAUAUGCCUGUCACAUUUCUGUGAUCUGCUGCACAGUUCCUGCUCUUAAAUAGAUGCAGCAAUACUACCUAUUCAUGCAACUUGACCUCCUCUCUGGCUUUCUUCUCCCUUGGCCGUAAGAUUCCUUCCCUCCUUUCUCAGAUCUUCAAGGUCAGCCUCUCUACCUAUACUUGGAAUUCUAACCCUUAUUUCCUCUAAAAUACCAUACAAUCAUUUUCCCCAAAAAAAUCCUUUUCUUUUCCUGUUCCUUGAAUCCCUCCACACUAACUUCAGUUUCCCAGAGCUCACACUUCUGAGGCCUCUGCAGUGCUGCCUCUCUCAACCCUAACCCGGCCUCUCCCUAGCUUUCUAAACCCUGGGAACCAUCUAUUUCAAAACAUUUAAAAGUCUUUUUAUGGUUUGUGUAUCCACCUAGAAUUGUAUAAGAACUGCCCUGGUAGAAAGGGGUUCCAAGUGGAGAAAGCUUAAGCAGCCCAAGUCUAGCCUAUAAACUCUUGCUGUAUUCAAAUAAUCCCACGAUUUAGGGUUUGGCCCCAUUCCAGGGGUCAUAGAGAUCUAGUAAAGGGGCUUAAGCAUUUGUCUUAUAUGUGGCUGAUCCUAGUUCAAUCCCCAGCAUUGCACAUGGUACCCAGGAACUCUGAGCUCAAAGCCAGAUGUGGCCCCAAGAUAAACCUGUUCCAAGCCUCCAUUAGCAUACGCUGAUUGAUCACACACAUAUAUUUAACAAUAGUUUUACAU